AACUAGUCACAUUUCAGAUUCAUCCAUCUACUCUCUCUCUUGCGGACGGCACAACCUAGGCGAUAGCGGAGAAACCAUGGCCAGGGGACCACGGAAAAGCAACAAAAACCUGAAAUCCGAUUAACUUCCUUGCGCCAUCUUUUGCUGGCAGUUCAUCAACUGAGCAGGAGCAGGAGGAGUUUUAUCUUCCUACGGACAUUCUAGUGUUGAUCUUAAGUAUGUUGAGCGUCAGAGACAUUAGUCAGGCUUCCGGUGUCUGCAGAAAGUGGCGAGCUGCUGCAGCCACUGCCCAAAAUUUGGGCAAGGUUCCGCUGCUUUUGCAUCUUCAGAAAUAUAGCCACCAGCCAUACCAAUUCAUCGAUCUUUCUUUGAGCCGCCAGCCACGAAGCCUUAGCUUGCCAAGAUGCCGAAGAGGUAUAGUCUGCUAUGUCUGGGAUCGUUGGAUGCUUUAUUUCAAGGCCAGCACACAAACACUUACAUUAUUCUGUCCUCAUACUCAAGAGUCAGUCCAGCUACCACGAUUAUCUGUGGAGUUCAAAGGAGGAGCUUUCUCAGGAACCCCGAAAUCGCCCAACUGUCUUGUAUUCACUAUAUAUAUAUCUGAGGAAACACGGGCUACUAUCUCAACUUGUCGCCCUGGUGAUGAUACUUGGACCACUGUCACUUACCAAUCCCAGUACCCACUUCGCAGUUGCGUCUGGAGCUCAAUUAUGGCAUGCAACGGUUGCUUCUAUUGCUUGAACCAGACAGAACAAGUGGCAGUCUACGAUCCAAUGAGAAGCACUUGGAGAGUCUUCAACGAGGAUGCCUACUCCGAAGGGAAGGAUUGGGUCGAGACAGCAAGUAAAUGGUUCAUGGCUGAGCACAACGGCGACAUCUAUAUUGUUUGGAUGUCCUUUGUUAGUCAGCCGAUUGUUUAUAAGUUAGAUCUAACUAAAUUUUAUUGGCUGGACGUGACGAGUUUAGAAGGACUAACAUUUUUCGCCAGCGCGACAGGUUCAUACGUCAAAGAUAACAUGCCGCGAUGGAUGAGAGACUGCAUUUUUUUUGCGAAACCUAAUUACGGAAAGAAGAAUUUGAUGUGCUAUUCUCUACUGCAUGAAAGAUACUAUCGGAAGUGCUUUAGUCCCCCUGACGAGUUGCAUGAAGCUGUUUGGAUAGAUGCACCGUAAGAUCAUUGUGUUUCUGAGGGAUCUUCGUAGCCACCCGGUAUUGCAUUGUAAUAUAAUUUUGUUGGAUCAUGUCUAUGUUUUGCACUGAUUCAUAGCUGGAAAGGAUUGUAACUUCGUUUUUAUUGUUAGUGGUCGAUCUACUGAUGAUCCGACUAUUGAAUUUAAUCUUAGCUUGGCUAAGGGUAUGUUCACUGCUUAAUUAAUAGAAAUUUUGGUUU